AAGUGCUUUUCCAGAGUUCGAGCCGGAGAGAGGCCUUGUAGGUACUGCCGCUGAGGCUCGAUCGACUCGGAAGAGGGGCUCCUGCCUAGGUGGGAGCCCGGAGGUCCGCGCCUGCCGACCCGCGCCCUGCCCGCUCCCAGCGCCCAGGCGGACGAAAUGACUAUUAAGAAGUAGAUGCCCAGAUGCAAAAGUGAUGAAACAGUCAAUUUGUCAUAAAGUAAGAUGCAGCUGUGGCUUUUCAACCAGAUUAGGACAGAAUUUUAUCUAUUUUUCUCAGAAGAGAAAUCUACAAGGUUAAGUCAGCAAACAAAGAAAACAUGGUAUUUUGAAGUAUGAUUAAACUCCUGAUGCUGCAGCAGUGGCUAAGAAUAUUAAUGGCCAGAUCUAGUGCUCACAUGGUCUUCUGAAGAAGCCAUGGGUAGCUGUUGUAGCUGUCCAGAUAAAGACACUGUCCCAGAUAACCACCGGAACAAGUUUAAGGUCAUUAAUGUGGAUGAUGAUGGAAAUGAGUUAGGUUCUGGCAUAAUGGAACUUACAGACACAGAACUGAUUUUAUACACACGCAAGCGUGACUCGGUAAAAUGGCACUACCUCUGCCUCCGACGCUAUGGCUAUGAUUCAAAUCUCUUUUCUUUUGAAAGUGGUCGAAGGUGUCAAACUGGACAAGGAAUCUUUGCCUUUAAGUGUGCUCGUGCAGAAGAAUUAUUUAAUAUGUUGCAAGAGAUUAUGCAAAAUAAUAGUAUAAAUGUGGUGGAAGAGCCAGUUGUUGAAAGGAAUAACCAUCAGACAGAAUUGGAAGUCCCCAGAACACCUCGAACACCUACAACUCCAGGGUUUGCUGCUCAGAACUUACCCAAUGGAUAUCCUCGAUACCCGUCAUUUGGAGAUGCUUCAUCCCAUCCCUCAAGCAGACACCCUUCUGUGGGAAGUGCACGCCUGCCUUCAGUAGGUGAAGAAUCUACACAUCCUUUGCUUGUGGCUGAGGAACAAGUACAUACCUAUGUCAACACUACAGGUGUGCAAGAAGAGCGGAAAAACUGCACAAGCGUGCAUGUCCCAUUGGAGGCGAGGAUUUCUAAUGCUGAAAGCAACACGCCAAAAGAAGAACCAAGUAGUAUUGAGGACAGGGACCCUCAGAUUCUUCUUGAACCAGAAGGAGUCAAAUUUGUCUUAGGACCAACCCCUGUUCAAAAGCAAUUGAUGGAAAAAGAGAAACUGGAACAACUUGGAAGAGAUCAAGUCAGCGGAAACGGUGCAAAUAACACGGAAUGGGACACUGGCUAUGACAGUGAUGAACGAAGAGACGUACCCUCUGUUAACAAACUGGUGUAUGAAAACCUAAACGGGCUCUCCCUCCCCAGUGCCUCGGGGCUCAGGAGAGGGCGUCUGCCCUCCACCAGUACCUCAGACACCCAGAAUAUCAACAACUCGGCUCAGAGAAGAACUGCAUUGUUAAACUACGAAAAUCUACCGUCUUUGCCUCCUGUUUGGGAAGCCCGCAAGCUAAGUAGGGAUGAAGAUGACAAUUUAGGACCAAAGACCCCAUCUUUAAAUGGCUACCAUAAUAAUCUAGAUCCAAUGCAUAACUAUGUAAAUACAGAGAAUGUAACAGUGCCGGCAAGUGCUCACAAAAUAGAAUUUUCUAGGCGUCGGGACUGUACACCAACAGUCUUUAACUUUGAUAUCAGGCGCCCAAGUUUAGAACACAGGCAGCUCAAUUACAUACAGGUUGACUUGGAAGGCGGCAGUGACUCUGACAACCCUCAGACUCCAAAAACGCCCACCACUCCCCUUCCACAGACCCCUACCAGGCGCACAGAGCUGUACGCUGUGAUAGACAUCGAGAGAACUGCUGCCAUGUCAAAUUUGCAGAAAGCACUGCCGCGAGACGAUGGUACAUCUAGGAAAACUAGACACAAUAGUACUGAUCUGCCCAUGUGAGCCCGGAAAGCAUUAUACUGUUUGCACCUUUGUGAAGUUUUUAAAAAUGAAGAUGCAAGUGCUUCAUUUUUAUUUCUAAACACUAACUCCUUUUAUAGACUUAUACAUUUUUUUUUCUGAAUAUUUCAUGUGCUUCUUUAAAGGGAAUUAAUAUAGAACAGGUACUCAUUAAAGAACACUAAUUUCAUUAUAUACUACUCAUUACUGUACAGCAGCAUUCCCAUUUUCACAGUGCCUAUUCAAAAUGAGGGUUGAAAUGAGUGACAUGCUGGUCGAUUUUUAUCAAGAUUCUGGACUCACGCAUAUCAUUCACAUGUAAGUCAUGGUUGGCAUUUAAAACAUUUUAUAAAGCCUCUUGAUAAUGUGCAUUGCUGACAGAUAACUCUAGGCAUUGAAAGUAAUAUUUGUAGAUUCACUAUUCAUGGUAUGUGGCCUCCAGCAUGUAACAUGAGGAAUCCUUUUUUUUUUUUUUUCCAUUAAUUGUAGGCUUUUUGACUUGAGCCAAAACAUAUGUAAAGGAAAUAGAAGUACCACACCUCCUUAUGCACCAGUCAGUUCCUUUGCCUUCAGCGUUUCUAGAAAGAAUCCAGCGCACAUGACUAUGGUUUGCCGUUGAUGUGUUGAAAGGCAGGAAAGAGACAAGGUUUUCUGUGUAUUCAUCUCAUGAUGUCAUUUGAAGGGCAUGUCCAGAUAUCUUAAUCAGAAUUACAAAUAGGCUCAAGAAUCCGUCUCAGGUCACUUUACCCAAAAACAUUUGAAAAUCUGAACCAUGAAUCUCCUAAAAGUUUCUCUCCUACAGAUUAUUAACCAUAGAUAGCAUUGUUUUCUGGAGGCAUUUGUGCCAUUAGGUUGCCAUUUACCUUCAUUUGUUUCCUUUGGUAUUUGGGAUGUCUAAUUUUGUUGCUUCAUGUCUUUUUCAGUUUAAAAUGUUUGAGUUUGUAUAUAGUUUUGAAAUUGGAUUCUGUGUUCAUUGUUGUUUAGUUUGCAUCUUUGUCAAAUUGUGGUUUUGAAGGUUCAUUUGGAAUUUACUGUUAUUCUAUAACAGGUUUGCCCUUGUCCAGUAUUUAUUUAUAUGCUGUUUACUUUUCAAGCUGAUAAAAGCAUUCUCUCAAUUUUAAAUUUCACUUGGGUCCGUAGGUGAUCUCUUUAGCAACUGAGGGAAAAAAAAAAAAAAAAAAGCAAGCUCCUUUUAACAUGCAUCAAGUUCCCUAAAGGUACUGUGUUUCUUCGGUGAGCACUCGCCCCAGCACUUUAGCAGGAUUCCCCUCCGUCACAUGGCUGCAGCUGUACUUGCCCACUUAGUGCUGCUCAGCUCUGCUGCCCUUUCAUUCAUAGCUGGAUCUUGGAUUAUCCCUUGAUUGCAAUAGAAUAUUAACCAGCAUAGCAGGUACAGUGGAAGUCUGUAGUAAUGAGAUUGUGUCCUAAUUUAGGAUUGAAAAUGAAUUGAGGUUUCCGUAAACUGAGGAGAAUCCCUGUGUCUAACUCUUGGAAAAUCAAGAAUUUUCCAGUUUCCCAAACCUCAGAGAAGACAAGAAAAAGUAGAGUGGAAAGAAGGUUUGAUAACCGUGCAAAAUAUUUCAGUUUCCUCAAAAUAUGAGGACGUCUGAGAGUAUGAUCUGGAUUUACCAGAUGUAACUAAGGCUCAUUUAGCAUGAAAAAGUUUCAGUCAUAUAUCAUCCAAUCUGUUCCAUAAAUGGCCUCAUUAUAGGACAGUGAAUGGACUAGCAAAAUAAUAGGGUGGGACCAUUAUAAAGAAAAUAAAUUAUUAAAGACGUCUAUCAUUUUUGUGCCAUUGGUUUAUGUGCAUAGCAGAAUUUUCUUUCUUUUUUGCCUAUGAAUUUGGUGCUUACUUAAGUGUUCACUGUUCUCUAAAGAGAGCAGUAGUAUGGAUGUGCAGUUUCCAUUUUUAACGUACUGUUCCAUUUAUACUUUCUUCUGAGCAGAUUGCUAAUUGUGCCAAAUUUGUAUGAUGAAUUUUGUAAUGUGGAAUAAGAAUCAUGAUGGAACCAGUGCACAUGGUUUUCUCCAGAACAAGCAGUCAAGACAGAACGUGAACCUCCAAAUGAAAGGGCUGACCUAUUUUCUUUCUCAUUUUGGAGGUUGGAUACUUUCUUUUCUUUCUUUUCCUCAUCCUUUUCAUUUUUCCUUCCAGAUUUCUGAUUAGUUUUUAUAUUUUUAAAGUAACGAUAAUAUAACCAUUACAGUUUAUUCUUUAAAUACUGUGUGCUUUAAAAACCAAAAUGGGACCAAUCUGUCUGCUAAGAAUUUGAUUUUAGGUACUACGAGUAUUAGGAAAGAUGUAUACAACCGGUGUUAACUUCUAGAAGUCUCUGGAAGUCACCUGUGUUCUUAUUUAAUAAGUAAUAUAGAACACUGUUUGUCCUUUGCAGUAGUCUAGUAAUGGGCAUUAAGCUCUGUCCUGGAAGAAUGUACCAAUUACUAGGUGCAUUUUAGAAUGAGAUACUGUCUUGGGAUAUAAUUGUGGCCGUAUGUUUCAGGUUUUCUGAAACACCUAAUUUUAGAUACUCUCUCCUUUGAUAGUCUGUCUGAUCCCACUUUUUGGUUCUGGAAUUAUAAUCAUUGUUCAUAUGUUUUCCUUCUAAUAGAAUCCUCUUUUAUCCCUAUAGAGCAUAACAGCUUUUAUCCCAGACCGGGGCUGGAAACUGAUAUGGGUAUUACCUGUAUUUUUUUCUUAGUGUGUUUUAUUUCCCUGUUUCAUCUAACUUUAAAAAUGAAAAUAUGGUGCCUUCCCUCCCUCCAGGAAGAUUGGCAAAUAGUUCCUUUUAUUUACUGCUGCUGUGGAGUGAUGAGAUAUGCACUUUACUCUUGAAGACUCAGCAAAAAGCUUUUCACUUCUCAGUAUAUUCAGAAUAGAUCACAUCUGGGACUUAAGAAAAUUUGCCAAGCAAUCUUUGUUUUUAUAGAUAUUAAUGUUGACCCCACAGUUCAAUGUUAAGUCAAGCUAGUGUUUGUUUAUCCCCCCCAGAGCUGUGGCACAACAUAUAAAAGUGUACCUCAAUAAUGUUCUAUUAAAAAUGGGACAGGGGCCUUAUGUUUCCAUAAUUUCCCAAUAAUGUGCCACCAUGUUUUUGCCUCAAGGUAAAGGUUUUAACAGGCUAAAAAGUAUGUCCCACUUCCCUUUUGUGCUGUUCCUAACCCAUAAUGUCCAAGUGUUUUGUGCAAUGUGUAGUGUGUGUGUAUAAAUAUAUAUAUGUAUGUAUAUAUACAUAUAUAUAUAUCUCCUUGAAAUGGACAUACCGUUAGAGACGACAUUCAGAAGUAACCUAUGUAUUGGCAUCUUUCAUAUUUCUGAUAGUGAGGUAUAUGGUACUAAUUACCUUUUCCCUGAUAUUUGCCAAAUUUGAAUAAAGGCAUUGGUACGAAAUCAUAGAAUGUACAGAAAAUGUUUUUGGCUUGAAAAAUUAACAAAUAUUGUAUGACAUACCACAGUAUACUCUGCCCAAACCAGCAACCUGUCUUUCUUGUUCUUCACAUCCCUCUUCUUCAUCCCUGUUUUUUUCUUUUCUUUUCUUUCUUUAACACAGUUCUUUUGUAGCAUCAUUACAAUUGCAAUUCUAUGACAUUUGGACAAUAAUAGCAUGGUAUUAAUAGUACAGUAGUCACCGGUGUGCCACAUUUGCAUUAGUAAAUGCAAAAUAUACAUUUUAUAAAGGACAAAUUUUGUUAUGUUUUUAUUUUCAUUACAUUGUAUAAUAUUGUAAGAUUAUUGUAUGUCCUAAUUUGCAUUAUAAAUGUUUUUUUCCUACGUAAAGGCAUAAAUAUAGCAACUUUGUAUAAAGGUAGCUUAUUAGAUUUUUAAUUUUUUCUUUUAUAAAAAAUUGUCUAACAGUGGGACUACCAUUGCCAAAUUGUAUAUGAAAUAUGAAUUUUACCCCUAUGGUUAAUUUCUUUUAUAAACAUUCCAUAUUUCUCUAAUAAAAGACAUAAGUGAUACUGUACUAUGCAUAAAUUGUAUUUCAAUGCUGUUUCAGAUCAGCAUUUUAAAUUUUGGUUUGCAUUUUUAAUAUUGGCAAAACUUACCACUGUUGAUUAAACCUUAUUGUAUAUGUAACAACAUCUUUUGCCCUCUAUCCCUCCCCACCCUUGUUCUCUAUUUCUCCCUGUCAGUGCCAACUUCAUACAUUUUGUAGCAUGGCAAUAAAAUAUAACUUUUACACUGAG